CGGCAUCACCUCAGCAACCCAGAGAGCUGUAAAGUUAAAUUAAAGAAACGCCGUCCUGGUGAUCUAGGGCAUCACUAACUCAGUUGAUUUGACAUAUUUAUGCGCCCUGGUGAAAUCAGGCGCAGAGCAGAAGGUAAGCGCACAUGGGCGAACAUUUGUCCGUUUGAGUCAGUGACCGAACAUUUUACCACUGAGAAAAGUUAACCCAUCGACAGAAGAAUAACGGGGAAGCUGCAAUGUCCAAUUCCGCCCCCUAUCAAGAGGGGAAGACACGGAGGUCUUCUGGUGUGGCACGUGGGAACAGACCACCGGAUUUGGAGCUGUCGCAAACCACGUUUAGCGCGCCAGAACCGGGGACACCUGCGGGCAACGACGCGUUUUCUGAAAGAGACAAAAUGCCAGAGGACGGUAACACUACCACAAAUGUACCAACUGUUCACCUCCACCCGUACUUAUCUCACCCCCGGAUGUCUGUGCGGAUGUCGGUGUACAGCACCGGGGUCCGUCCAAUCCUCACCCGCGCCUACAUCCAAGGACGCGUGUAUAACUUUCUGGAAAGGCCGUCUGGCUGGAAAUGCUUCGUGUAUCACUUCUCAGUGUUUCUCAUAGUUCUGGCCUGUCUGAUCCUCAGUGUUCUGUCUACCAUCGACCAGUACCAGGCCUUGGCUCACACAACACUCUUCUGGGUGGAGAUCGUCCUUGUGGUGUUUUUCGGUGUGGAAUAUUUUGUCCGCCUCUGGUCAGCCGGCUGCCGCAGUAAAUAUGUUGGCAUCUGUGGCCGACUACGCUUUGCUAGGAAGCCAAUAUCUAUUAUAGAUCUGAUUGUAGUUGUUGCCUCAAUAGUUGUGCUGUCAGUGGGCUCCAAAGGCCAGGUCUUUGCCACCUCUGCUGUAAGAGGGAUUCGCUUCCUGCAGAUCCUGCGAAUGCUCCACGUGGACCGGCAGGGAGGAACCUGGCGUCUCCUCGGCUCCGUCGUCUUCAUCCAUCGGCAGGAGCUGAUCACCACAUUAUACAUUGGCUUUCUGAGCCUGAUCUUCUCAUCGUACUUUGUCUACCUGGCAGAGAAAGAUGCAGUCGACAGCAGCGGCUCCUCAGAGUUUGGAAACUAUGCUGAUGCCCUGUGGUGGGGAGUGGUGACAGUGACUACCAUUGGAUAUGGAGACAAAGUGCCACAAACCUGGAUUGGAAAGACCAUUGCAUCCUGUUUCUCGGUCUUUGCCAUUUCCUUCUUUGCUCUGCCUGCAGGAAUCUUAGGCUCAGGCUUCGCCCUCAAGGUGCAGCAGAAGCAAAGACAAAAACACUUCAACCGACAGAUCCCUGCAGCUGCCUGUCUCAUUCAGACAUCAUGGAGAUGUUUUGCGGUGGAGAACUUUGAUUCUGCCACAUUCAAGAAGUUUUUGAGGAAGAGAACCAACAUCCCCGCCUCCUCUCUGUCCACCCCCAAGCCCAAGAAAUCGGUGAAGAUAAGGAGGAAGUUGAAGAGCACUGACAAGGACAACAGUCCAGCGUCUCCCACAAUCCCCAGCAUCACCUACGACUCUGUAUUUGACAGUGGGAGGGAGCUGAGUUCAGAUGUUUACAGCACCGUGGGCACAGCAGGAUCCCACGCUUUGGGAGGAUGUGAUUGCCAGCAGUCCUGGACGUCUUUGUCUUCCCUUCAGUUCACCUCACCGCCUCCAGUGAAAAGAAACCCUGGCCUUUUGGACGUCCACUCUCCGGGCCCCCUGAAGAGGAACUGCAGCUUUGCCGACGACCUGGAGCUGGAGCCAGAGCGAGACAAUGAGCUGGCUCCUAUCACCUCACUGUCACAAUUGACGGAGUCACAUCGGAAAGCCAUCCGGGUGAUCCAGAGAAUGCGUUAUUUUGUGGCCAAGAGAAAUUUCCAGCAAGCUCGUAAGCCGUAUGAUGUGCGCGACGUGAUCGAGCAAUACUCCCAGGGCCACCUCAACCUCAUGGUGCGAAUCAAGGAGCUGCAAAGAAGACUGGACCAAUCUAUAGGGAAGAUAACUUUGUUCCAGUCGGGCUCCGACCGAGCGAAAGACAAAGGCACCAACUCCAUCGGAUCCAGACUCAACAGGAUGGAGGACAAGAUAACGCACAUGGACCAGACGCUAAGCCGCAUCGCAGAGUCCCUCGCCUCUGUGCUGAGCCAGAGGAACGUCGGUGAGGGCGAAGGUGGAGGCGGGCCGAGGCCACGGCCUGGACGCACCUUCAAUGUCCUCCCCAGCCAGGACAGCCUGCCAAGCUACGACCAGCUGUCUUCAUCACCUUCGCCCUUCUCGUCCAACAUCACCAGCACCGCAGCCUGCCCCAACCCUCCCCACAGAAGCACCGCCAGUCAGGAUGAGAGCAGCUGAAACCUGGAAACCAAACAGCCUCAAAGUGAUUCUCUUUUUAGUAGAAUGUAUAACAUGUCAAAUGCAGUUUUUACUCUGUCUGUCUGUCUGUCAGUCUGUCUGUCCGCCCACCUGCCCACUCGCUGGUCAAAAUAGAUUGAAAUGAUAUCCUUUAAGACCUAAUUCUGACUUUUUUUUUGAUCUUUUUUUAUUAAAAUGAUUACUGUUUAAAGGAAUACUUCACCCUCAAAAUGACCAUUUGUAUGUCGAUUACUCACCGAGUGCUGCCUUGGAUUCAUGAGACUUUGUUUUUGUUGCAUUCCUCCACUGUGCAAGAAUCCAAAAAAACGGAGAAAGGUCCUGAUGUAUUCUACUGAAUUAUGUAUUAUUAUUUUAUUAUGUAUUCUAUUGAAUUAUGUAUGCGUUUAAAGGUGCAGUA